GUCACAAUAACAUCAAGUUCUGACUACUGGCUGGUAUUUGAAGGAAUACGAGGGUCAGGUUAUCGUGGUGACAUAGCGAUAGACGAUGUAGAGUUACUGGAUAAUGCAUGCCCACCUCCAGGUGAUUGUAACUUCGAAGCAGGCAUGUGUACUUGGCUCAAUGUACCUAAUAAUGAUGAUUUUGACUGGCUUCGGGGGAGUGGCUCCACACAAAGUUUUUACACUGGCCCUUCCACCGAUCACACAACAAACUCAUCUGGUGGUAAGUAAUAGAGUGAGGAUUAUUCUUAAAACAGUUGCUCUACAUGUAGUAAGCAAUCUUUGUCAUAUAAUCUGAGAAGGAUUACUUUCCUUGGCUUCUAAGAAUUUUAAUUCAUUCAAAGAUUUUCAAUCUGACCAAAUACAGACAAGUUCUCGUAAAUUAUUCAAUGCUCAUUUCGCAUGCAGGAAUUCUGAUUUGAAUUUGACACCAGUUACGGGGACGACUAACGGAUUCACUUUUCAAAUAAUCAAUUCAUUAAUAGAAUCUUGGGGGGUACGCUUGACCUGUUUUGGCUGUAAGGCAAAUACUCCUAAGAUGACAUUUCUAACAAGAGUUAGAAAGGUUACGAAAUAUCAAUAUUGACCGUAAAAGAACCAAAAUAACUACAUACAUCAGAAGGAGAAAGCAGACGGAUACUAACUACGUCUUAUAGCCGCUAAAAUUAAACACAGCUAAACACUGCCGAUUUAGCUGACGCUGAGGCCACUGGAUUAGUACCUUCCCCUUAUGUGUGCGUUUUUAAUCCAUCCCAUUUUCAUUUUGCAGGCAGCUAUGUGUUCAUUGAGACGUCAUCCCCACGUAGAGUGGGUGACAAAGCAUAUUUCAUCAGCCAGCCAUUUGAUCCAACCAACAGCACCGGUAGAUGCUUGCAGUUCUGGCAUCAUAUGAAAGGAGCAUCCAUUGGCACUUUGAAUGUCUAUAUUUACACCGGUAACUUCUCUUCAAUGUCUCUGCUUUGGCAGAGAAAGGGGAAUAAAGGAAAUAAUUGGAUGCUUGGGCAAACUCCAAUCAGAAGCAGUAUAAAGUACCAGGUAAAGACAAUGUGCAGGUUGUCUCUGCUGUUUUUUGUUUAUUAGUUAUCCAGUAUACAUACCAACGGUGGCAUCAAGCUAAGAGUGAAUUACGCAAAACUCGUUGUAGAAGUAAACAUAAUAAUAGCUCUGAUUACCUUCAUUGAUCUUCAAAUUAUUGAUCUUCACAUUAUUUUCCCUUGUAACAAAUAGAUUCCAUGUUGCUGUGCGUCUGUUCUGUAUUAGGUCACAGAUGACGUCUAAUUGUGGUGAAAACAAAGAAGUAGCACAUGAGCCACAGGCGAGUGUGUCACUGAUGUUUUCACCACGUUUUGACUUCUUCUGUGAUCCAUUGCUGACCAGCCUCAUGGCAACAUGGAAUCUUUUUUUGGGGGGGGGGGAUGAAGAGAGACGAAAAGCUACAUAUGCAUGUAUACUAGCCUCGUACCACUAGACUGCUAGAGGAUACAUUUGUACUAGUUUACGCAUUUUCCAAGUUACAAACGCCACCUUUCGUCCCCGCUUAUUUUCUUCUUCAACUUAUUUGUAUACAGUUUAUCUGGAAAGUUUUUCAAAGCCUUCCCUUCCUUAAAGCAGAACAAUCUCGAAAACAUUUUCAAAACCGCGUGUUUGGAUGACAUGCUAUUGCUAAUUUUGUACAGAAUUCUCCCAGUUUAGGCAUUUUCAAGUCGUCAAGAAUUCUUUUUGUCUACGUUUCUCCGCUUUUUUUUAUUUGUAAACAGCUUCGCUAAACUUUUUUUCGUGGCCUUCACUUGCUAAAUCCGAAAUUAUCUCGCAAACUCUUUCAAAACCUCGUAAUAUUGAACACAACAAAGAACACAAGUCGCCGUGACGUUAUCCAUGUAUCUGUUUAAAAAAAAGAUUCCAUGAUUCCGUGCGUCUCUUGUGUAAUACUAACAGUAGAUCACAGAUGACGUCAAAUGAUGCUAAAAACAAAAGAGUAGUAAACGAGCCGCGAGAGAGUCACUGAUGAUGUUUUCACCACGCACGUUAUGACGUCUUCUGUGAUCUAUAAUGACUAGACCCAGGCCACGGCAACAUGGAGUCUAUUCGUUUUAUACAAUGAACAGAAAGGAAAAAACGACGUGCUAGCUUCGCACGGCUUGACUGUUGGAGGAGUUUUUCCAUUUUAGGCAUUUCCAAGUAACCAACACUCUUCUCAAAUAUUUUCGCCUUCUUUACCUUACUUGCCUCUACUUGCUGAAAGUAAUCGCAAAACCAUUUUCGACAAUGCAAGUCUCUCGUAGCGAUGAUAUACGAUUGGAACUGUUUAUGAAAUUUUGUCCACUUUAGGCAUUUUCAAAUCGUCAAGAACUCAUUCCGAUAUUGCCUCAAUGAGCUCGGACAUGAUACAACCCUUUUCUUCGAUUCCAUCACGCAAACAAGGCCCUAGGGCAAGACACUGUGUAUAGAUGUGUUUGGUUUUAAACAGGUUGUGUUUGAAGGAAUUCGUGGAAAUAGCUACACUGGGGACAUUGCCCUGGAUGACAUUUCGUUUACUGUUGGUGCAGGCAGUUGCACUCUUCAACCGUAUGAUGCUCUACCACCUGGAAUGACAACUGCAGCUCCUACUACUUCAACUCCAACUACUAUUGGUAAUUAAGUGAUGCUUAUCUGUUUUACUUAUGUUGACGACAUGAUAAUGUUUUGGAUAUUUUCUAAAAACAGUCCAGGGCAUCCGGAGGAGAGGCACUCGUUGCUGGGAGAGACUACAGUCACCAAAAACAAAAAACAAAAACAAAUGCGAAGGCACCCCAUGAAGUGUAGGAUAAAUCAGUAACAGACAUACCAGGAAGACAUUUUUCUAGCUACGGUGGAAGGGAUGCUGUCCACCGAAGUACGCACGUAUAGCAAGUAUGCCUCACAAGAAAAGCAACCCACAGUCUUAACUACAUGUCUUGGAAGGCCUCUACUUGCACUAUUUGCAGCUGACAUCACCAAUCCAAUUCUUAAACUUUAUACCAUGGGAUAUUUUUACAUGGCAACAAUAUAUAACUGAUUACUUGUCAGAUGCAAUUAUGUAAUGACUAAUUUCAGGCCAGGGGAAUGGUCUUGGGGGAAGUCAGGAAAAUUUAAAAUGCUCUAAAAUUUAACAGAUAAUUAGCUUUUCUGCCUAUUCAGUAUCUUUCUGGAUGAUUACAAAUCAUGAAGAUAAAAUACUUUUCUCUGUAGCAAUUGUGGGUUUUAACUGCACAUUCGAAAGAAAUCUCUGUAGCUGGACUCAAGACAACACCGAUCAGUUUAACUGGACUCGGACAUCGGGCUCAACACCUUCAUUCUUAACUGGACCUUCUGUGGACCACACAACAGGCACUGGUAAGUGAUUGUUUUCAGUGCAUUUACUUUAUAUACCUUACUAGGCAGUUAAAAAGGCAAAAUUUUUUUGCCCAACAGACAUUGCCUUUUGUUUCCCUCUCUAAAGUCACCUUUUAAUAGAGAGGUUUCCACCUGAAAAAAAAAAAAAAGAAAGAAAAACUUAGAGAAAACGGCUGAAGAAAUGUUAGAAACAACUCGAACUGUUGGGGGUGUGCAAUUUCAAGAGAUCUCCAAGUUAUUUUUUAUCUGCUGUGUACCCUGACCUCUUAUAGCAAUCCUUGUCAGAGGUUUUAAAAAUCUUGAUACCUUUCACUCUUCUCUUGUGCUACAUUUGUGAGUAAAAUUAUUUGUAUAUGUAAAAAGAUAAAUGAGUACAAUAUAGUCCCUUAUUAAUGCGUUUGCCUUUAAUGUAAAGUUAUUAGCUAGUUUUUUUUAUCUCUUUCUCCCAUACUCAAAGAUUGUUCUGCAUGGGGCUGUAGUCAGGGUAAGGUUUCAAAAGUAGUUGGCUCCCAAAGUUGUUUCAGUCGUGUGAAAGGCACGAUAUUUUUUAAGGUUUAUUUUUGCCCAUGUUUAAAUUGUUAGGGAAAAUACGGACUUGAAAACUUUACUUCUUCUUCUUCCAUGAAACCACACAUCCUCCUUUCUAUAGGGACGUUAAAGAGCUUAAUUCAAGUCAGGUUAAUUAAUUCAUAGUAGUUAAAAUAAGAACCUAUUUCUUAGCACCGUAUUUUAACUGUACUGUCUUUGCUAUAGCAGUCUGUUACAUUUAUAUUAUAUUUUUGCUUUGUUGUCCACGCUUUUAACUUUAAGAAACGAAAGCACCUGAUCAGAGUGGAAAACCACUAUGAUAACAAAACUUUUUAACAGUGUUUGAUUAACUUUAAAGCUCUAACAACAUUCUGUUGUACAUUGUAAGCAAAUGGAUGGUACAUGUACAUUGAGUCAUCUUUCCCAAGAAAGCCAAAUGACACAGCGAAGCUUAUAAGUUCAAUUGUCCGCGGCACAAAUGCUCAUAGUCGAAAGUGUUUGUCGUUUUGGUAUCACAUGUAUGGUGCACACAUCAGUACUCUUAGUGUGUAUCUAAGGAAUGGUUCUCAUGACACCCUCCUGUGGUCAAAGGCAGGGACGCAUGGAAAUAAGUGGCUUCAGGCAGCAGUCACAGUUAAUAGCAGCACUCAUUUUCAGGUAAAACAUGCAAUUUUUUGCAAGAAAAAAUCAACAAAAAAGAAAUCAAGUUCUUAAUUGAAACAGAUCAUUUACGCGGAAUUGCCAUGCCAUGGAUAUGGUCAUGUUAAAUUAAAUACCUAGUGACUUUUCAAGAACAAAACAGAGAAAAAUGAGUCAUAAUAUUUAUAUCAAUAGUUGACCAGGUGACUUUGACAGUGGACUAUCGUCACCGUCACCGCACUGUUACCCGCUGAAGUCAGAGAUUUUCUUUCGUUGCGCGUUCUGAGGCUUUUGGUAGCAAGCAAAUUAGUUGCUAGAUGUCACAUGACCUUACACGCUGUUCUGGAAAAAUCGAAGCUUUCUUAAAGAAUACUGUUUAUUUUCCCUUCAGGUUGUAUUUGAAGGAGUUCGUGGUAGGAGCUUUCGAGGUGAUAUAGCGAUUGAUGACAUCGUUAUUAAAAACGGUUUCUGCCAAGCCUUGAAAGCUUGCUCAUUUGAAGAUGUUCAAAUGUGCGGAUGGACAAAUGAAAAGAGGUUAAUUGAUUAAUGUUGUUUGUGUUAGCCUGAGGUACUGUUUAACAGUAUUAUUUAAUGAAAAUGAAGAAAUGAUCGUCGCAGUGAACGCAAUUUAUGCAAUUGCGUAAAGAAGCCUGAAAAAAAUCCAGGACUUCAACGGGGUUUGAACCCGUGACCUCGCGAUUGCCGGUAAGACGCUCUACCAACUGAGUUUUGAAACCACUGACGUAGGGAGCAGGUCAUUUGUGGGUUCAUAUGUUCCCGUGAAAGAAAUUGACCUGCUCCCAGCGUCAGUGGCUUCAUAACUCAGUUGGUGGAGCAUCGCACCGGUAAUAACGAGGUCAGGGGCUCAAACCCCGUUGCAGUCCUGGAUUUUUUUCAGGCUUCUUUACGCAAUUGCAUAAAUUGCGUUCACUCCGACGAUCAUUUCUUCAUUUUAAUUUCAUUUCAUUUCCGCAGUUCAUACAUGAUUCAUUCAUAUAUCAUUAGCAGUAUUAUUCAAUCUUAUCGCGCAAGCUCCGAACCAGUAGUUUUUGAUACAAAAAGCUAAAAUGUUUCCAAAAAUAAGCAGAAAUGUUAUCCAGACUGAUCACAGGAGUAGCUGGGAUGCUUUGAAAGGCCAUCAAACAAAAUUAUAAGCAAAAAACGACUAAAAAGGCAGGAACUGUCUUAGUUUUGGUCCGUGUUUUAAGGGCCAGUGUCUGUUUACGGGAAUUUGACUUUUUUUCAAUUUUUGCUGAAUUUCUUACUUUCCUUUUAAACCUGGUAUCCGUUUCUUGGCAAUGUUUUAGUGCUGAUGACUUUGAUUGGACACGCCAGAGUGGUUCAACAUCAAGUUCCGGCACUGGCCCUACAAAUGACCACACCUAUGGAACAGCGAAAGGUUAUUACAUGUAUAUUGAAACCUCAUUUCCAAGAAGGCCAGGAGACAAGGCAAUGCUUAUGAGCCCCAAAUAUCCAUCAACAAAAGGAAAAUGCCUUCAGUUCUGGUAUCACAUGUAUGGAAGCCACACAGGGACCCUAAAUGUUCAAAUAAAGCGCAUGGUUGGAGGAAAACCUACAUACAUUUUGAUGUGGUCUAAAUCAGGUGAUAACGGAAAUCGCUGGUGGAUUGCUCAGGUACACAAGGAAAUGUUUGAUGAAAGUUAAAGACACCAAGAAAAAUGAUUAAUUUCUCAUAGAGGUGCUUACUUUCACUAUAAGAGCAAAGCAUACCAAUAUUAAAAUGGUAAACAGUGGUUUCUGUAAAAGAAUACUAAAAACGAAAGACGUUCAUUUUUUUCCCCGUCAAAGACAUCUACAACACAAUUCAAACACGAAAGACGUUUUGUAAGAGAUAGGUAUCGUUGUGGCUAUAAACAGUUUUACUCUGCUCAAAGGGACAAUCAGUAAUCAAGAAAGCAUUCGUUUGGCGGAACCGGUGUUCUUCGACACGUAAAAGGUGCAAAACAUUUGGGUGUUUUGGGGUUGCCAUAUUAGGGUCGUUCAUGGCUGGUUUUUUAUUGCUUUUUAACUGUUGCAGGGUAAGGUGUUCAUCAUUGAUGAACUUGUCAGGUCUCCCACGCCAUAUUUCUUGAAAGUACCUGAAAUCCUUUGAAUUUCAAAACAAAGAUUCAAAGCCUUAACAUCGCCAGAAAUUUCGAAUCGACAUGCUCAGUGAGAGGCGACACUGAGAAAAGAUCGAAAAUCGAAAAAAAAUUGUACUAGAGGCAUAUAUAAGAGUUCGCCUACUUCGCAUCAAUUCCAUUAGUAUUUUUGUUAAACUAAAUGAGUCUGCAUUUAUACGUACCUUGCAAGUUUUAUCCGUUUUGGUUUUAAGGUAAACAGAUUUGCAAAUUGACUGUAAAGGAAAAAAACGAGAUUUCCUUAAAAAGGAGGCAAUCUCUUCCAAUAACCCGGCUAUAUGGGAUCAAUUUAGGUGUGCAAGAAACCACGCAAAUAACGCAAUUAAACUGGCAAAAAGACUCUAUGUUUCUGACAACUUGGAAGCCAACAAAGGUAAUUUGCGCAAAACAUGGAAUGUUAUCAACGAGCUAACUUCACGUAACAGUGGUAAGUCAACGAAUAUUUUGGAGAUCAAGGUAGAUAAUAAAAUAGCAAGUAACCCCAUGGACAUUGCGGAAACUAUUAACGAUCACUUUACAAACGUUGCGCAAGUAUUAGCACAAGAUAUUCCUGUUGUCGAUGCUAAUCCUGAGUCUUAUUUAGAGCCCACUGACCAUUCGUUUUCUCUGCAAAUUCCGAGUGUUGAUAUUGUUUCUAACGUUUCGUCGAAAAUUGAUGAAAAGAAAGCCACCGGUCUUGAUAUGAUUCCGAGUAAAUUGUUGAAAAUGGCUGCUAAUAUCGUCGCACCCUCUCUUACCUCAAUAUUCUCAAAGUCUAUUCUCACUGGGAUAUAUCCAAACGAUUGGAAAAUGGCCAAAGUGACUCCACUUUUUAAAAAGGGCAUUAAAUCGGACCCUAACAACUACAGGCUAAUAUCCGUAAUCCCUAUAAUUUCGAAAGUUUUUGAAAGAAAUGUUUAUAAUCAACUUUUCCAUUAUCUAGAUGAUAAUAAAUUGCUACUAGGUUGCCAAUCAGGGUUCCGUUCUCUACAUAGUACGCUCACGGCUUUGCUUGAGGCAACAAAUGCUUGGUCAGUGAACAUCGACAAUGGCCUUCUAAAUGGCGUUGUCUUUAUUGACCUUACUAAGGCAUUCGAUACCAUUAAUCAUGAGAUCAUCUUGCGUAAGAUGUCAUACUUGGGUGUCGAGCAGGCAGCCAUAAAAUGGUUCUCGUCGUACUUAAGUGGCCCAACCCAAAGAUGUAAUGUCAGUGGCAAACUAUUAUCUGCUCGUACCCUCAGUUGCGGCGUGCCGCAGGGUAGCGUAUUGGGUCCUUUGCUAUUUUUAAUUUACAUUAAUGAUCUUCCCAACUCCCUGCGGGGCGCCGUACCAAGAAUGUUUGCCGAUGACACCAACCUUACGUUAUCUGCUAAGACCUUAACAGAGCUUAAGCUAGCUCUAACCCCUGAAUUACAUAACCUUAGCUGUUGGCUGAAAGCUAACAAGCUCAGUCUAGAUGUUGCUAAAACAGAGCUAAUGAUUAUUGGAUCAAGACAAAGACUAUCUGCCCAAUGUGACGAUGUAGAAAUCAGAAUUGAUGAUCAAAUUAUCAAGAGAGUCGAUCAUACCAAAUCCUUGGGUCUUACCAUAGAUGCUCAACUCUCUUGGGGUAAACACGUUGAAGAGAUUUGCAAGAAAGUCUCUUCAGCUAUAGGCGCCCUAAAACGUGUGCGGCCGUUUAUAUCCAAAGAAACUGCAAUCCAAAUUUAUAACGCCUUAAUUAUGCCUCAUUUUGAUUACUGCAGCCCCGUCUGGGACUGUUUGAGUGGUUACUUGAGUGAUAAGCUCCAAAAAUUACAGAAUCGUGCAGCCAGAGUUAUUACUACAUCACCCUUUGAUGCGAGCUUAAACCACCUACUCUCCACCCUCAGCUGGGAGAGGCUAUCUCUUCGACGAAAGAAACAAAAAGCCUUAAUGAUGUAUAAAACCAUGAAUGAUCUCGCGCCGGAAUAUCUACAAAGUCUUUUCUCUCAGCGUGACUCUGCUUACAACUUAAGAAACUCUGAGGGAAGACUGACCCUGUCCAAACCAAGCACCAAUUAUUUGAAACGAAGCUUCUCUUACAGCGGGGCCAUGUUAUGGAAUAACUUGCCCAAAAACUUAAAAAAUGCUGCAUCCGUUGAGCAUUUUAAGCGAAAUAUCAAGAAGGUAGCUGAUAUAUCAGAUUCCCACACGGCAAUCAUGUAAAGCAGUUGUAAUUAGUUUUAGUUUUUAACUUAAGCUUAACUGAUGAUUUCCCGUGUUUAAAUAAAGAUUUACAUACAUACAUACAUACAAGGAAUUGUAUGGCUGUCGGCGAUAAAACGCCGAGUUCGCGUCCAAAUUCGUCGGGUAUAACCACUUUGCAUCGGUUCCGCGAGUUAAAGAGGCUUGACUUUCAGGUCCGGUUACAUUUUGCACUUCCCGAUGGAAACCUCUUUCGGUUUUUAACUUUGAGUAUGGACCCGACCGCGAAAUUUCCUGAUAUUCACUUAUCAAUAUCUCCGCGAAAAAUCGUCCGAAUUUCGUGCAAAGCCUCUCGUUCGAGAGAUAAUUUCUUGCAUUUUGAACACGUUUCAAAAUAAUUGACAGCAUAUUCGUUCAGCAGUUCCUUUUUUACUGUAAAUACGGCCAUGUUUGUGUAUCGUGACAAAGAGCCCGUACUCGGUCGGAUCUGACAGCGGCUUACACCAUUAAAGAAACAAGUUUAUAGAAAUAGCACGACUUCUACUGUGUUCCUGAGACAAGGAAUUAAAUUUAACAUGGCUGCUCAUAAAUAUCAUUCUGUUGUUCAAAAACUUAUUUCGGAAUACAAAAAUCCUGUGGGGAAAACUAAUCCUGCAGCAAACAAAAUGAGAACCAAUCACAGUUGCCGCUCUACGCCUUAGAGUCUGUUUGCCUAUGGAUACUCCAACCUUUUUUUUUCUCUAAAUUUUCUUUCAGGGAUCCUGGUUUACUCCUUAGGCGGCACAUUUUUCUUCAAACACAACUUAUAGUUAUGAAGGGGAAUAACAUUCUUCCUCAGUGAAAAAAGUGGGGUUUGGAUCGUUCCUUUGGUUGAUUCCAAGUAAACUCUGCUACAACAUGUGUUACAACUGGUCCGGCUGAUCCAUGAAUCCUACGACAAACCCUGUAAAAACCGUCCGGUUAAUGACACCUUUUGCAAUUUUCCUAAAGGAAAAAAAUUCUGUAGCCUUGUGGUAGCCAAGACCUCAUUGGUAUUGGUAUUAUAAUUUUUACAAUAUCUUCAAGGUGGCGAUAUUCGGUUAGCUACGUUAUUACUAGCUACCCCUAACAUUAGGCGCAGAUUGUGCAGGUGUAUAUUCUGUUGGUGGUUCAACGUCUCCCAGCCACAACCAAUCAUUUGUUUUCAGCACAUGAUCAGUUUUUUGAAAAUUGUGGAAAAGAAUUAACGGCCGGCAGGCAACAUAAAAUUUUAGCCAUUUGAAACAACGACGUCUGGUAUCAAUAGUAAAUGGGUUGUGAGUGCCCUGACGGAAAAUAGCUAUUAAACAGACGUUUUGUACGUAAAACUCUUGAAAGGAUGAAUAGUAUUGUAUCAGGAUUUUUCUUCGCCACUGAAAAUUCUCACUGCUUGAUGUCACUCACUCUUCUUGCAGGUUACAAUAACAUCACGUUCUGACUAUUGGCUGGUAUUUGAAGGAGUACGAGGGUCCGGUUAUCAAAGUGACAUAGCCAUAGACGAUGUAGAGUUACUGGAUAAUGCAUGCCCACCUCCAGGUGAUUGUAACUUUGAGAGAGGCAUGUGUACUUGGCUCAAUGUGCCUAAUAAUGAUGAUUUUGACUGGCUUCGCGGGAGUGGCUCUACACCAAGUUCUUACACUGGCCCUUCCACCGAUCACACAACAAACUCAUCUGGUGGUAAGUAAUAGAAUGAGAAUUAUUUUUAAAACAGUUGUUCUACAUGUAGUAAGCAAUCCUUUUCAUUUAAUCUGAGAAGGAUUACUUUCCUUGGCUAUUUUCCCUAGAUUUCACCAACAGAUAUUUUUUCCAAUCUCGUGAAUGGUAUUUGACGCACGACAUUGAAAUUCAGCUGGGUUCACAACAUGUUCCGCGCCAAGCAGUACAUUUUUAAGGCAAAUACUCUUAAGAUGAUAAUUCUUUGCGCUCAACAUUUUCCGUUAAUAGCGCUGCGCGCAGAUUAUUUAUGGACCCAAAUUGAAAUUCACAUUAGCGAAUUCCCCACUUUUAUCUGACUUUUGUUAUUAAAAUUUCAUGUUUGUCUGUCUUUUGUCAUUAAAAUGAGAAAAAUGACAAAACUCAGACAAAAAUUGCAAAUUAAUCACUUUGACGUCAUUGGUGCACUGCGCUAUAAUUGUCAUUUUUCACGUUCUAACGUCACAUAUCUCCUGUGGUCUGCACUAUAAUUGAGACUGCGGUAUUUCAUCCAUUGAUUAUUUCAUUUUAUCAGCUUCACCGAAGAAAACAAAGCAACUCGGAAAACAAAGUAUAUGCCACAACAAGAGUUAAAAAGGUUACGAAAUAUCAAUAAUGACGGUAAAAAAAAAAAAAAGAAGGAAAAUGGCUGCAUACCGUAUUUAUUCGAUUAACCGUCCUGGGCGCUUGUUCGAGGUAGGCGCUUAUUAAAUUUUCAACAUUUUCAGCAAGUGUAGUAUGUUUAUUGCAACAAAACAAUAAAUGGUGAUAACAAAACGCGAAGAUGCAAGGUUUCUGUAAAAUACUCUGAAGAAAACUCCGUCUUCUGGAAGUCUCUUAUUAGUACUUUUUCAAUUCGUUUUCUGCCUUUAGGGUGGGUGCUUAUUCGAGGUGGGGCGCUAUUUCGAAGUUGGGCGCUUAAUCCAAUAUUAAAUACGGUACAUCAGGAGGAGAAAGGAGACGGAUACUAACGAGGUCUUACAGUUGUUAAAAUUUAACACUGCCGAUUUAGCUGAAGCUGAGGACACUGGAUUAGUACCUUCCCCUGGUGUGUAUUAUUUUUACUCCAUCCCAUUUUCAUUUUGCAGGCAGCUAUGUGUUCAUUGAGACGUCAUUCCCACGUCAACCGGGUGAUAUUGCGUAUCUCAUCAGCCAGAUAUUUGAUCCAACCAACAGCACUGGUAUAUGCUUGAGGUUCUGGCAUCAUAUGAAAGGAAUAUCCAUUGGCACUUUGAAUGUCUAUAUUUACACCGGUAACUUCUCUUCAAUGUCUCUGCUUUGGCAGAGAAAGGGGAAUAAAGGAAAUAAUUGGAUGCUUGGGCAAACUCCAAUAAGAAGCAUUGUAAAGUACCAGGUAAAGACAAUAUGCCUUCAGGUCUUCUAUGCUGUUUUUUGUUUAUUAGUUAUCCAGUAUCCAUAUCAAAGAUGGCAUCAAAUUAAGACUGGAUUACGCAUAAUUCGUUGUGGACGUUAACAUAAUAGCAGCUUUGAACACCUACAUUGUUUUAACCAGAUCUUCACAUUAUUGUCUGUUUUAACAAACAGAUUCCAUGUUGCUGUGCUUCGGUUCUGUAUUAGAUCACAGAUGUCGUCUAAUUGUGGUAAAAACAAAGAAGUGGCACAUGAGCUGCAGGCGAGUGUGUCACUGAUGUUUCCCCACGUUUUGACGUCUUCUGUGUGAUCUAUUACUGACCAGGCUCAUGGCAACAUGGAAUCUAUUAGUAUUGUACAGUGAAGAGAGAGGAAAAAGCUACAUAUAUAUAUACCUGCCUCGUACCACUUGACUGUUCGAGGUUCGAUUUGUGCCGCUUUACAAGUUACAAAAGCUACUUUUCGUCCCUCCUUCUUCUUCUUCUUCUUUAUCUUACUUACAUACAGUUUAUCCGAAAAGUUUUUCAACGUCUUUUGCCAAAAACAAAAUAAUCGCGAAAACGUUUCCAAAUUUACGAUGACAAGCUAUGGCAAAUUUUAUAAAGAAUUCUUCCAAAUGUGGCAUUUCCAAGUCGUCAAGAACUCUUAUUGUCUCGGUUUCUUCGCUUUUCUUAUUUAUAGACAGCUUACGCUAAACUUUUUUUCGUGGCCUUCACUUGCUAAAUCCGAAAAUGUCUUUCGACCUCUUUCAAAACCGCGUCAUAUUGAACACAACAAAGAAAACAAGUUGCCGUGCGUUAUACAUGUAUCUGUUUGUUUAACAAAAAGAUUCCACGAUUCCGUGCGUCUCUUGUGUAAUACAGUAGAUCACAGAUGUCGUCAAAUGAUAGUAAAAACCAAACAGUGGCACACGAGCCGCGGGUCUGUCACCCAUAUUUUUUUUCCCACGCAUGUUAUGACGUCUUCUGUGAUCUAUUACUGACCAAACCCACGGCAACAAGGAAUCUAUUCGUUUUAUACAAUGAACAGAAAGGAAAAAACAACGUGCUAAAUUCGCACCGCUUGACUGUUAAGUUGGAGGAUUUUUUUCCCAGUUUAGGCAUUUCCAAGUCACCAACGCUUUUCAGAUAUUUUCGGUUUCUUUAUACUACUUGUAGACAGUUUCUUUCAAAAGGUUUCUAAGACCUCUACUUGCUGAAAGCAAUCGCAAAAACAUUUCAAAACUGCAAGUCCCUCGUAGCGAUGAUAAAUGAUUGCAACUGUUGAAGAAAUUUCGACCACUUUAGGCAUUUUCAAAUCGUCAAGAACUCUUUCGGUCCUUGUUCUCCAUUUUUCCGAAAUAAUCUCGCAAACAUUUUUUAAAACCGCGCGCCAUUAUGGAUGAAACAAAGAAAACGGGUCUUCCUUCACGUGUUCUCUAUACCUAAUAGAUCGAAUGAAACACCGAUCAGAGCACUCGGAGUAUUCACAAAACAUUGUAUAAACUCUAAUAGAUCAUGGGCAACGACCCAUCACAGCGCAUGUAGCACUGACUAAAUUGUAUAAAAAACUGAUUGAUGAAGCAUAUCGCCUGAAUGAGCCCGGACAUGAUGCUAUGCGUUUCUUUGAUUCCAUCACAAAAACAAGGUCCUAGGGCAAGACACUCUAUGUAUUAAUUUCUGUUUAUAGAUGUGUUUGGUUUUAAACAGGUUGUGUUUGAGGGAAUUCGUGGAAAUAGCCAUACUGGGGACAUUGCCCUGGAUGACAUAUCAUUCACUGUUGGUGCAGGCAGUUGCACUCUUCAACCGUAUGAUGCUCUACCACCUGGAAUGACAACUGUAGCUCCUACAACUUCAACUCCAACUACUAUUGGUAAGUCGCUUUUCUCGGUUUUACUUAUGUUGACGAAAUGAUAUUGUUUUUGAUAUUUUCUAAAAAGGAAGCUGGGCUGGCCAGCCGAAAUAUCGUUUGAAAACUUUUAAGCACGCUUUCUAUUUCUGUUUAUUGAAUGUUGUUAAAACAAUUUGCCACGUUUAUCCCACUUUUAUUUAUUUAUUUAUUUAUUUAUUUAUUUAUUUAUUUAUUUAUGAAUGAAUGAACGAAAAGUUUUCCAUACAUAGAAAGGCAAAUACGAAGGCACCCAAUGAAGUGAAGGAUAAAUCAGUAACCGACAUACCGGGUGGACAGUUUUCUAACUACACCGGAAAGGAUGCAGUCCACUGAAGUACGCAUGUAUAGCAAGUAUGCCUCACAAGACAAGCAACCCGUAGUCUUAACAACAUGUCUUGGCUGAAGGCCUCUACUUGCACUACUAGCAGCUGACAUCACCAAUCCAAUUCUUAAACUGAUACCAUGGGAUAUUUUUACAUGACAACAAGAGCUGUGGUCACAAUACAGACUUUUACCUAGGUAAAACCGAUUUACCCUAAGGCAAAUUCAUCAAAAAUCUCCCGAGAUAAAUUUAGCUCGGGUUUUGUUUUACCUGGAUAAAAAAUUCUGGGAAGGUCACACUACCGGCUCCCAAGGUUUUUACGCGUAGGCAAAUUCUGGAGCGUAAAUUCAAGAAGGAAAGAUGUGCAGGGAUCUAGCCGAUCAAAGAGACGUUUUUUUUCCUUUAUCUCCCUGUUAUUUCUUACGCCAAUUCAACGUGCAAGGUGAAGACAGGCGAAGACUCGUGCCCCAAAAAUUUCUUUCACCGCGUGAGCUAUGUCCGGUUCUGUCAUCAAGACCUUCGCCGAUGAUCGUCUAUUGGCUAGCAACCUAGGGGAUUUCAUUUUCCCCUAGCUAUCGCUUUGGGGUAGCUUUCAGAGGAAACUCUAUUGUUCUCGAGACAUAUCCAAGCCCCAGACGAUAAAAUUUCCCCGAGGUAAAUUACUUAGGGAAAAUCGGUCACACUUAAAAAAUCAAGUUUCCCUAGGUAAACUGUCAACAAGUCGAGUUUACCCGGGUAAAAAAUCUGUAGUGUAACCACAGCUAAUAUGUAACUAUUGCUUCUCAGACGCAAUUAUGUAAUGACUAAUUUUAGGGAAAUAGUCUUGGGGGAGGUCAGGAAAAUUUAAAAUGCUCUAAAAUGUAACAGAUGAUCAACUUUUCUGCCCACUCAGUGUCUUUCUGGAUGAUUACAAUUCAUGCAGAUAAAAAAAUUUUCUCUAUAGCAAGUGUGGGUUUUAACUGCACAUUCGAAAGAAAUCUCUGUAGCUGGACUCAAGACAACACCGAUCAGUUUGAUUGGACUCGGACAUCGGGCUCAACACCUUCAUCCUCAACUGGACCUUCUGUGGACCACACAACAGGCACUGGUAAGUGAUUGUUUUCAGUGCAUUUACUUUAUAGAUGGGUCGGUACUUUUAUUACCUUAAAGGCAGUAAAAAAGGCAACAUUUUUUUGCACAGCAUACAUUGCCUUUUGUUUCCUUCUAUAAGGUCACCUUUUAAUAGCGAGGUUUCCACCUGAAAAAAAAAAAUAAUACUAGUAGUAAUCAAAGAUUAAUAAGUGCGUUCGAAGUUCAAUGAAUUUAGCUAAAAUCCACCAGGUGAGCCCGCAAUUUCUUUGGCCGGCUAUUGGGCUUAAAAUUCGUGCGCGCGCUUAAUAAUUAUUCAAAAUGGCGCAGAUUUUGAACAUCGCCCGUCCAAGUAACCAAAAAUCUCGAAUCUUCACGCCUGGCAUGCACAGGUAUCCCAUCGACCACAGGAUCCCCAAAGAUUACGAAGCGUUCUCCUAACGUCGAACGCAAAAAAUAAAGAAAACAGCUGAAGAAAUGUUCGAAACAACUAUAAGUGUGGGGAGGUGUCCAAUUUCCAGAGAUCUCUAAGUUAUGUUAUAUUUACUGUGUACCCUGUCCUCUUGUAGCAAUCCUUCUUAAGGGUUUUUUUUAAUAAAAUCUUGAUACCUUUCACUCUUCUCUUGUGCUACAUUUGUGAGUAAAAUUACUUGUACAUGUAAAAAGAUACUUGAGUACAAUAUAGUCCCUUAUUGAUGCGUUUCCGUUUAAUGUAAGGUUGCUAGCUAGUUCUCUGCCCAUACUCAAAGUUGAUUCUGCAGUAGCUGGCUCCCAAAAGUUGUUUCAAUCGUGUGAAAGGCACGAUAUAUGUUGAGGUUUAUUUUUGUCCAGGUUUAAAUUGUUAGGGAAAAUAAGGACUUGAAAACUUUACUUCUUUUUCUUCUUCCAUGAAACCACACCUCCUUCCUUCUACAGGGACGUUCAAGAGCUUAAUUCAAAUCCUUAAUUCAUGAUAGUUGAAAUAAGAACCUAUUGCUUAGCACUGUAUUUUAACUGUACUGUCUUUGCUAUAACAGUCUGUCACAUUUAUAAUUUAUAUAUAUUUUUUGUUGUCCACGCUUUUAACUUUAAGAAACCACAGUACCUUAUCAGAGUGGUAUACCACUAUGAUAACCAAAUUCUUUUACAGUGCUGGAUGAUCUUUACUGCUCUAACAACAUUCUGUUGUACACUUUCAGCAAAUGGAUCGUACAUAUACAUUGAGUCAUCUUUCCCAAGAAAGCCAAAUGACACAGCGAAGCUUAUAAGUUCAAUUGUCCCCGGCACAACUGCUUAUGGUGGAAAGUGUUUGUCGUUUUGGUAUCACAUGUAUGGUGCACACAUCAGUACUCUUAGCGUGUAUCUAAGGAAUGGUUCUCAUGACACCCUCCUGUGGUCAAAGGCAGGGACGCAUGGAAAUAACUGGCUUCAGGCAGCAGUCACAGUUAAUAGCAGCACUAAUUUUCAGGUAAAACUUGCAAUUUUCAAUUUUUGGCAAAAAAAAAAUAAACAACAAAUAUUAAUAAAAUGAAAUAUUAAUGAAAUGAAAUAGUUUCAUUUACACGGACUUGCAGUGCCAUGGAAUUGGCCAUGUUACAUUAAACGCCUAGUGACCUGUCCCGAAGAAAACAGAGAAAACGGAGUCAUAAUAUUCAUGCAUAAAUCAAUAGUUGACCUGGUCACUUUGACAGUGGACUAUCGUCACUGUCACCUCACUAAUACCCUCUGACGUCAGAGAUUUUCUUUUGUUGCGCGUUCUGAGGCUUUUGGUAGCAAGCAAAUUAGUUUUUAGAUGUCACAUGACCUUACACGCUGUCGUGGAAAAAUCGAAGCUUUCUUAAAGAAUACUGUUUAUUUUCCCUUCAGGUUGUAUUUGAAGGAGUUCGUGGUAGGAGCUUUCGAGGUGAUAUAGCAAUUGAUGACAUCUUUAUUAAAAAUGGUUUCUGCCAAGCCUUGAAAGCUUGCUCAUUUGAAGAUGUUCAAAUGUGCGGAUGGACAAAUGAAAAAAG